AUGAUUUCACAAUAUACGGGUGAACUCAAGAUCACUACCAGUGGUUCCGGAUUCAGAGAAUGGCUAUCAGUAAUUAUACUAUUGAAUCCCGAUGUUCCAGAUUUAAACCAUGCUGACAUGAUAAAACUCAAACAACAACUUGUCGAUCAGAAUCUUCAGCCCAAACACGACUACAAAGUUUAA